AUGGCAACCAAAUCAGCAGAGACAGGACGCGGUUAUACCCGCAACAACACUAACAACCACAACCACGGACACGGUCAUGACCACCACCAAGACCCCAAAACAAACACAUACCGCGAACGACUCCUUCAAGCCGUCAACAAGUCCAAAACACUCGAAGAAAUUAUCAGCAACCCUGUCGCCGCCUGUUACCAACCUACAGACCUCACCCGACUCCUGGCUAUGCCGACGCACAGUUACUCAGCCGUUAAGAAAGCCUUUAACAGCAAGUCAUGUAUCAAGUCCAGGAGUCGGACCUGGACGCCGGCUUCAGGGCUCGACCUCUUGCCCAAACUAUACCAAGGAGCUACAAGUACUGGUACCCUCUCCACACAGGCUGCCACAAGGAUCGCGACAACGACCCGAAGAGGGAGUGUUGCUCGUUCUAUCGAGCGCUCCAAACUGGACACUCAGUUCCGGAUCGGGUUCUCAAUGGCUUAUGGACACUCUAUUGAACUCAAUAUGGAGAACGAGACUAUCAAGGACGGGAGCGCGAUCGAUUCAGGAACCUACAUUCUCGACAGAGACGAGUUGCCAUACGCUAGCGUGAUCGACAAGGAAUGGCGCGGCAAACUCUGCGAGGAAUGCUUACGCAAGUUACCGGUGGAGGAUGACGGUGAUGCGGUGCUGGAGUGUCGGAGCUGUCCGCGGUUAACGGAUGGCAGUGGAGGAGGUGGCGAGGAUCUUGAGCUUAAGCCAGCCAAGUUCUGCAGUCGGGAGUGUCUGGAGCUGGCAUGGCGGACGUGGCACGGAUACGAGUGCAAGUUUAUGGAGGAGCUAGAUCAGUUUGAGCAGGACACCCGGCUGACUCUUAGGAUCUUUUGGAGGAAUGGUCAGGAAGGCGUUCGUCUGGUCACUGGCGAGGCUGCAGAUACCAAACACAACAGCAUCGACACACUCACCAGCAAAGCUGCAGGAUUUUCUCUCAACAAUGCCAACGUCAGCAACGUCAAUAAAAUCGACGAAGCCAACAGGAAGUCUCGCGUCCACUCCAAAGACGGUUCCCAGAUCUCGAUACAGGAACUCUACCACAACUUUGACAGACUGCGGCCCAAGACCCAGAUGGCCCUCCUCAUAAAGGCGCACUACCUUCAAGAACUGAUGGGGCUCUCCAAGAGUGCAGCGCGCGAGUUGGCACAGAUCCAGGCCCUGGUCAAGUUCAAUUGCUUUGCGAUAAAGUCCAAAAUGUACGAGAACGCUGACGGCGAUGGGGGGAUCUGUUAUCAGGAAGAGUACGCGGUCGGAUCUGGGGUGUACUUGUUGGCAUCCAUGUUCAACCACAGCUGUGCGCCGAACGCGAUGGUGGUUUUCGGGAUACAGGGAAAGACGUCUCUGAGAGGUGGUUUGGAAACUAUUGCAGGUGGCGGUGGUAAAGGUGUUGACCCGAGAGUGUUGAAUGUGCUGACGAGCAAGAGUCUGAAGGCUUACGGGAGCGUCCCUGCGCAAGUCGAAAUCUCUUAUGGUCCAACAGGCGGACGCAUGCAGACGGAUGAGCGGAAGGAGUGCCUGCGUCAAAAAUAUGCAGAGACGUUCAGGAAGAGGGUGUUCAAGUGUCAAAAGGGUGGUUAUGCGUGUCGACCUAUGCUGGACGAUGAAGAUGAAUGCCCCACCUGCGGCGAGAAAGUCGACCGCACCACCCGCAACAAGAUGAUGCAAUUAAUUGCACAACUCUUGGGCGACUCGAGCAACCCAACACUCCCUUUCUCUAGGCGGCUGACCCUCCUCAAGACCCUCGAAGUAUCCCAGUCGCGACUCUUUGUCGACACCUACGUUAUCUACGGUCACACCUGCGAUCAGCUGGCAAUGGUCUAUACGCAGUCUGGAGAUCUAGGCCAGGGGACGCAAUGGUGUCGAAAGGCACUCAAGGCGGUCAUGGUCAAUUUCCCGCAUGAUUCGAUUGAAGUUGCACAGGAGAAGCUUAAACUUGCUGGGUUGUUGUUCAACAAGGAGGCGUUGAAGUAUGUUCAAGCGGCGAUCGUUCUUUACAGAGGACAUUAUGGUGCAGAGUCCAAGGAGCCCGAUCUGUUGGAGUUGUACAAGAUGGAAGAGGUACUCAAACCUAUUGUCGGGGAGGACUGUUGA